AUGUAUAAGAGACUAGACGGUGCGGGUGCUGCGGCUGGCAGCAACGCUGUGGGCGGCGCUAUCAGCAAGUUCUGGAAGAACUACAAGUACUUGGCUCUGUCCACGUUAUCCGUGUUUUUAAUUUUGAAUCUGCUUGUUUCCAACACAAGCUCUCCUCCGACGUUCAGUUUGAGUCAAAUCUACACCAAGGACGUCGGUUCAGCCACUCAUAAUGUGACCACGGCCAUCCAAAAGCCACCAAAGAAAAAUGUCAAGGACAUGUACACGAUCGAGGCCAGACUCAAUAGUAACUUCGCGUUCAACCCAGCAGAGGAGAUGGAAAACCACAUCUGGCAGCUGUGGACCGUUCGUUCGGACGACAAGGACUUUCCAGACGAGUGCAAGUCUCACAUCGAGAGAUGGAGAAACGUGAACGACAACUACAACCACAACCUCAUCUCUUUGGCUGAUGCCGAGGAGACUGUUGUGGACUAUCUAAGACCAAGUGUGCCGGAGGUUGUUGAUGCUCUGAGAUUCUUGCCCCACGACCGUUUGAAAUACGAGUUUUUGAAGUACCUGCUUGUCUACAUCAAGGGUGGUCUUUACGCGGACAUUGACACCACCGACAUUAAGCCUUUGAGAUACUGGCACGAGUCCAAGGUUCUUGGUGGAAAGCUGAUGGUCGGAGUUACAGCCGACUACAACGACCUGAACUGGGAAAAGCUGUACAACAGACGUCUUUCGUUCUCGACCAGUUUGUUCCGUGCCAAGUCGCACCAUCCAUUCCUUGCAAAAUUGAUUGCCAGAAUCACAUACAUCUGUUUCACUCAGCAGGACCUAGUGAAGGAGACCAACUGGGACGAGGUGUUUGACAACGUCGACGCCAACGGCGAGCCUCUGAUCCAGUUCACCGGUCCAUCGAUCUUCACCGACACGCUGUUUGAGUACAUGAACGAGUUGAAGGAUGCUGUGUUCAUUAGAGUGGCCAAAAACGAGAGGGACAAGGACCUCAAGCCUAUUGUGGGUCCAGAAGUUCCGGAGGGACAAAGAUUCUCGUACAGAUCGUUCAGCGGGGCCAUUGCUCCAACCCAAGUGGACGACAUCUUGGUGAUGCCGCGCAUUACUUUCAACGGUCCAGAAAAUGCAGAGAGGGACGAUUAUGAUGACAACGACGAGCGUACGGGAUAUGAGAAGUUCUACUAUGCUCGGUCCUUGUCCCUGACUAAUUGGAGUAACAAAAGACAAAAGAUUCAGUCCACCUAA